UCCCCAAUUUUGCAACAACAGCGACGUUGGGGCCGCGCAGCUGUUGGGGUUCGUCGGAUUUGGUGAAUCAGUUCAAACGAAUCGAAGCAACGGAAAGCAUAAAUUUUCAAUUGUGCGCUCGUAAUCGCGUUCUGGAAAAAAACUCGUUGGUUGUUUUAGUGAUUAGCAAGUCUAAUUAUUUGUUCGGUAGUGAUACAAAGUCAGAAAUCAAGACACGCAAGCAAAUUUGUGGCAGGGGACUAACUUAGCUGAGAAUAACCGGUUUCCGGGGGGGAGACAUAGCAGUACAAAAAUGGCAAGGGUGGUGAAAGUGAAUUGCGCAUCAGUCGCCAUUUUCGCAAUUUUAUUGCUAAGCGAAAAUUUUGGAUGCAGUGAAGCAAAGCGCGUUUUGACCAGCAACAAUCGCAAGACUGGCGGUGGACGCACUAGCAGUAGUGGACACGUGACCAAACCAAGCUACCCGACACAAAGCAGCAACGGUGCAAGCAACUCGCAUGCAGACCUUGCUAAACUUAGCUAUUCUGGGUAUAAUUCCGCGCCCAAUCGGCCAGCAUCCGCAGCAGGAAGUGGUGCCACAAAUUCCCAACCAAUUGGCUGGAACGUACCAAAAUCUCAAGGACCACCCCCUUCUUACUCAGCUUCUAAUCCUGCGGGCGGUGCGCAUACAAACAUGCACGAGGCUCCACCAGCUUAUCGCCCAAACAAUGCCGCACCACCCAGUUAUGGCAGCGCAACCAAUGUACACACUCCAAUAAGCGCCACUAAUACGCAUGGCGUGCAGAGCUCCUACCCCGGCGCUACGUACCAUUCCCCUGGCGCGUUGCCAGCGGGAGCCACUUAUUAUUCAUCACCUGGUCAACUACCUGCAGGUGCAAGUUAUCACUCUCCUGGCUCACUACCACCAGGUGCAACCUACUAUCCAUCUUCGGGACACAUGCCUGUAGGAGGCGGUUACUAUCCUUCUGGGGGCCAUAUGCCAGCCGGUGGGGGUUACUAUCCGGCUGGAGGCGGCGUACCUGCAGGUGCCACUUAUGUUGCUCCUGGCGCUGCAUUACCCCCCGGUGCUGUCAUGUACUCAUCACCACCACAGCAAACAUCAUCUGGAUUAGGAUUUGGAUCAGGAUUGGCCGCGGGCGCAAUUGGUGGCGCUAUCCUUGGUCAUGUACUUACACCCACAAAUACUCGCGUGGUGGAAUCUGCACCGGCUGCUGCCGCUGGGCAGUCUGGUAACAAUGACGAUAAAAUCAUCAUCAUCAACAACGGUCCGCCAGGCUCGGUGACCACAACAAACGCAGGCGGCGCAACUGUAAUAACCACUGGCGUCGCAGGAGAAAAUGGUACCCAACCAGCUGCGGUACCGGCACCAGUUCCGGCUCCAGGCGCUGCACCAGCUGAUCCCGCAAUACCCCACGUACCUUUAGCCCCCAUGGGCGAUAAUAUUGCAGCGCAAGCGACAAACGGCACAACCGAACAACCAGCAGCACCCGCACCAGCCGGUGAACAACCAGCACCUGCACCAGCUGGCGAACAACCCCCACCAGGUGGUAUAAUUUGUGUGCCCGUACGUAUUAACGAAACUGAUCCGGCAGAUAACAGCAAAAUGAUUGAAGUCGAGAAAAUUGCUUGCUACCCAGCCCCCCCACCACCACCGCCCGCAGGGACUGGCGCUGAAAUGAACGGCACUGCACCGAUGAUGCCGCCAGCUGACGCAGGUAGUGCACCCUUAGCACCGCUAAGCCCGGUCACUGCAGCCUCACAGCAAUUGCAAGCAAGUCCAACGCAAGCACCAUUGAUGCCCGACAAUACUUCGGGGGGAACUAGUGGUGCUGCUUGGGUUAAUUACGCUCAUUGUAAUUCAUUUGCAGCUAUGCUGUUGCCAUUAAUGAUUGCUUUCUUUGGCAUGCGUUAAAUACGCGAAACUAAAAAUAGCAACAAAAGAUAAUAACCAGAAAAGACGGUAAAAUAAGAACAAAGUAAAAAAAUAAAAUAAGAACAAAGUAAAAAAAAAAAAUCAAUAUGCCUAAAGCGCUUGAGCUCAGUGAAAGACGUAAUACAACUAUUUUUAAAAAAUAUUAUUGGAAUUCGUAUACCUCUUUUUUAUAAAUAUAAUCACUAAUUUUUUGAAUCACGAAUCUCAACACAAUUUCAAGUGAAUUUGUGGUAUUUUACAAAUUUUGUAAAAUUAAGUUUUGUUAAAAAAUCUCAAAUAUUAAUCAUAAAGUAUUAGUACAAGUAAUAUAUGCUUUCAAUGUUGAAAACUUAUAGUAUUGUUAUAUAUUAUGUAUGUGUCACACAUUCUAAGAAAACAAAUCGGCCCAGUAUGACUGACUACAUGCAAGUCGUUAACCUGAAAAAUUACUCGUUUUAGCCAUUAAUUUAACCUUCAUGAUGUUCACAACAUGCUUCGAAUAAUCAAUGCGGUUUUUGUAUAUUAUAUAUGUAUUGUGCUUCUAGAAGUUGAAUAUGAAACUCGCGCCUUUGUUAUUUAGGGAAUUUUAAAUGCAGUCUGAAAAUCGCCGACUGGUUGCCUGUUAAAAAAUAAAUGAAAACAAUAGUCUUCGCAUGCAGGUAAAAGCAAUAAAUAGCAUUUUGUCUUUGUAUGCAUAUGUACAAUGAAUAUGUUCAAUGAAUAUCAAAACUAAUAAAAUUUUCAAUAGUCUAAUACAAAACUCUAGUAGUCAAUAUUUAUGCAGAUAUAUGUGCAUUGGUAAUUUCAUGUAAUAAGCACUAUUCAAUACAAUAAAACAACUAAUAUGCACCUUGCACUAACCGCAAA